GCUGCUGUCAAUAGCACAGGAAAAAGAAGUCGGCGGUCGUCCUCAAUCACUGGAUGAUGAAGGCGAAUGUUUUGAUGGAGUCAAGGGAGUACUGGGCGUAGUUUACGAAUGCAGAGUAACUUUAAAGCGACACGCUGUGUUCGUUUUGCUCAGUCGUAGACAUUAUAGUUAACAUUUCUGCAUCCGGGCAAGAAACUGCGCGAAGAUAGGUCACGGUGGCCUAGCUAGCAUUCGCUAGCUCCGUGCUUCCAGUUGAUCAACUCAGCCCGACUUUAAUGCUCUAAUCGCUGUUAUUUUAUGUGUUUAGCAUAGAAAGUCUUGCAUUAAAAACUCGGGUCACCUCACCUGGAAACACGCUUGUGCGGCUUUUUCAGAGCGACUCAUCCAUGUCCACUAGUUCCUCCAUAAUACUAAUCCUCGGUAGCCUCAGCAAACAUGUCUCUAGUCGCUUAUGGUAGCAGUGAUGAGAGUGACUCGGAGGAAACCUCGACCUCCGCCGCAGCUGAGAGUAAAGCAAGCGGGGGAGGGCUCUUCUCUUUCCUGCCUGCGCCUAAAGCAUCUGGAUCUGCAGCUGGAGGGAAGGAGGCAGCAUCCAGAGCAAAAAACUCUGCAGCAAAGGAAAGCACAGGCGGGUUCCUGUCCAGUCUGCCCAAGCCCAAGAAACGAACAGAGCCUGUCAAGAUCCCUGUGCCACAACUUCAGAGGCGGGAUUCAGACUCAGAUGAAGAUGAGCCAGUCCCAAAGAAGCUGCAAACCCAGAGUGCCGGUUCAGGUUCAGGUCUGUCCUCCAUUCUCCCCAAACCCAAAAACCUAACAGUGAAGGAGACGGACCGACCUUUGAUCCCUCACACUCUCACUAAGCGUCCAGACCCCAAAGCACCUAAACCUGGAGCUGCUGCUUCGGGUCUGAUCGGUUCCAGUGCGUCUCCCUCCGCCAUCAAAGCCGCGGCCAAGUCAGCGGCCCUGCAGGUGGCGAAGCAGAUCGCAGCAGAAGACCAGAACGAGGAGGACAUAACCCCUCAGAACUACUUUUCCCUUGAGGACAACUCCCAGCCUCUUCCUGACGUCGUCCCCAUUGUGGAUCCUGAGCCGGCGACCCCAGCCGAGCCCUGUCCUUACGUGGCCGCUGAUGAGCCGGGACUGUCGAACGCACCUUUGGACUUUGGAGGGAGCCAUGAGGGAGCGAGCGCAUGGGACGGUCAAUACGACCAGUAUCAGCAACCUAUGGCCGGCCCAGAGGCGUUCCCCGAGGGUUACUAUGACGCGCCGUACUACCAGAACCCCAACUCGGAGUUAGCAGAAGCCGAGCCGCCGGACAACUCCACCAUGUUUGACGACGAAGGGUUCAUGCGGCUGCAGGGGAAAAGAAACCGAGGCAAAGAGGAGGUGAAGUUUCUGGAAAUCAAAGGAGACGACCAGCUGAGUGGGAACCAGCAGUGGAUGACGAAGAGCAUCUCUGAGGAAAAACAAACCCGCCAGUCGUACAGCAAGAGAAGAGGAGACCAGCCUACAGGGCAACAGAGGCGAAAGCAUCAGAUAACGUAUCUCAUUCACCAGGCGAAGGAACGUGAGAUUGAGCUGAAGAACAACUGGGCAGAAAACAGGAUGACCCGGCGUCAGACCCAGGCCAAAUAUGGCUUCUAGAUCCUGUAUCUUUGGACUGCUGUGGCGUACAGACACAUCGUAUCCCAACUUACCGAUAUCCAGAUUUAUCCUCUUCCUUUAGGAGCAAAACCUGUUCCUUUCUUCCUGAUCUGCAGCCUGCAAUGUCUUGAACUGAUAAUACUCUGUUUGAUAUGGUGUUACUCUGUCCGAAUCCCGGUCACUCCUAGUAAAUACAAAGAAACCCAACCGGUGUUUUUAAGGUACCAGAGCCACACAUGUUUUUCCUUUGGAUGUUUAUAAAACAUAUUCAUGGUAUUUUCUAAGCUCUGGUUUAUUUUUGUUGUGCAUUUAGUUGUUUUUAGUUCCAAUUUAAAGAUAGACAGUUCGACGUAAAAUAUUCACUGAAUCAUCACCUAAUCAGUAAAUUAUGCUGCAAUGACGACUUUGUCGAGAGCUAACUAUGCGCUUAAAUUUGGUCAAUAUUUGUUGCAAAAAAAUAAAUAAAAUUAAGUCUUUAAAAAUUUAGUCCCACUCCUUGAAAAGAAGAAUUCUCAUUUUUAACGUAAAAAUUCUUGACUUUUUUGCCUCAGAAAUCUUAAAGUAGAUUCAGAAUUUCCUAAUAAUUCUUGGGUAUUUAAGACAAAAUUUUAAGAAAAACCCCCCUCAAAAUUCUGACUAAUCCCAGAUUUUUUUCUUCUUCAAAAAGUCUGAGAUUGAAGGAAGAUUUUUGAUUAAUAUUAAUGUAUGAAUUCUUGACUUUUUGCCUCAAAAAUCAGAAUAAAAUAAAAAAAUUGUGUUUAAUCUAAGAAUUUUCAGGUAGGGAAUUACGAGAUUACAGCUAAAUUCUAAGAAACAAAAGGCACAAAUUCCUUUUUAGAAAUUCUCAACUUUUUCCAAUUCCAAGAGUGAAAUUUUGAGCAAAAAUAGUUUUGCCUUAAGUAAAUUUCCCAGAAAAAAACUAAAUUAUUAGAUUAAAUCCAGAAAACUAAAUGUGGAAACUGUCAAAAUCUCAAAAUUGUCUUGUUUCUCUCUUUUUUUUCAAUUUUUGUCAUAAUUUUCAUAUUAAAGUCAGAUUUUUUAGUUAUUGGGCUUUUAUUUCUAGAUUAUAACUUUUAUCUCAAAAUUUUGAGAUUAAACUCAGAAUUCAGGCUUUAAUCUGUUAAAUUGACUAAUUUGAGAUUUUUUUUCCCCUCUCAGAUUAAGUCGUUUUUUCUGUGAUGCUGUUCUGUAGCAAACAUCUCAAGUUAUUUAAUUUUACUUGGAGUUCUAGAAAUGUGUGACACCUUUCUUUUUCUUCUGCGGGUUUCAGACAUUUUAGGUUCAAUCUGAACAAUUUGAUCGCAGGGUUGUUGGGAGAAACUGUGAAUUUCAAAAGCCCAAACUAAACUGUCCAGAUGGACACAUUUGCAUCUUCUUCCGUUUUCACAUCUGAUGUAAACUAUAGGAGCAGCUCUGUACAUAUUAUAUUUCUCUGAAAUGCCAGGUAAACCCUCCAGUAAUAAUGUGCUGGUUUUCUCCAAUAGCUUAGCGAUGCUAACAAGACACCAGUAGGAUUUCUUUAAAAGCCUGUAAAUGUGAACAGAUCCAACUCGACACCAGAUAAAAACCCAAAUGUUAUAUAUCGGCAGUAAAAAGGUGAAUUUGUAGUCAGAAAGGAAUUUAAGUUACAGAAGUUUAAAUAUAUACUUAUGUUGAAACAGGACUAAAUGUUCAAAUUUUCAAUUUGCAUUGCAAAAAAUCUCCAGCGCUCACCCUGUUUUUGUUCACUUUAUAAGUGUGUAUUUAAAAUCCAAUAAACAAGUUUUGAAUUUU